UGAAGUUAUAGUUGAAUAUUGACAGUUGGAUACUGUUAAAUAGAGAAAUAAUUUUUUUUUGCACCAGUUGGUUGAGGAGCGUAAACAAAUCUAAACUUUAAAUUUUCGAUAUAACUGAUAUUUACAACCAUUAAUUAAACUGGUAGAGUCAGACAAAGUUUCAAUGGCAAGAGAUAGUGUGAUCGAUCAAUUGAAGGAGGAAGUCAAGUAUAGGUCCAACGAGAUAGACUUAUUGAGUGCAUUCAUAUCAGAAGAUGCGUUGAUACUGACCCCAUCGUUGAUCGUUCAUGGGUAUAAAGCAGUGGGAAAGACGUAUACUGUUCAGAAGUAUUUACAAACAUUGGACGUUAGCACAUCUGUGAUUCGUUGUGACGAGUGUAUAACCAAUAGAGUGUUGUUACAGAGGUGUUUCAAUAGAAUCAAAGCAGAUAGACAGGAUGGGUAUAAGAAAGAAGAUGGUAUACAUGAUAAAUUAAAGUUUGGUAAACUGAUUGAAAGUUUCUAUAACUUUGCCAAUGCUUUAGAGAAUUACUUUGAAAGUACAUCAUAUACCAAGAAUCAUAUAUUAGUGCUUGAUAGAUUCGAUCAAUGUAUGGAAUCCACCAAUGAGUUAUUUGCUGGGUUCUUGAAAUUAAGAGAAAUUUGUCAAGUAAAGAAUCUUACUAUUAUCUUUAUAGUUUCCACUGAUAUUCCUAAAGAAGUUAUUACAGCUGUCACUCCAACUAUAUACUUCAAAUCAUAUACUGAAGAACAAGUGACUGAUAUCUUACAAAUUAAUCAAUUAUGUCUCUUUGGUAUUGAAGAAUUAGAUAAUACUCAAGCAGGGUAUGAAUUCUGGAAACAAUAUUCUAAGAUCGUAGUGGAUUUAUUCUUUUCAUAUACUGGAUCUGAUCUAAGUUUAUUAAUUGAUAUUUGUGUUAAACUAUGGACUAAAUUCAUCGAACCAGUAGUACUGGGUAAAUAUCAAGUCCAUGAAUUCGUCAAAGUAUAUCGUGAAAAUGCUGAUAUAUUCACUAAUGAAAACGUUAUAAAUAAUUCAUCCAUACGAGAGUAUGCCACUCUUGAAGAAGAAAAACCCGUCUCCAAUGAAAAUGUGGAAGAUCUUCCAACUCAUUCAAAAUUCAUCUUAAUUGCAUCAUACCUAGCAUCAUUUGUGGAUCAAAAAGAUGAUUUACAUAAAUUUUCAAAAGUUAAAGCAGUUAAAUAUAAAAAACGUGUAUUCAGUAAUAAAGUCACUAAGAAUGAUAUAGAUACUAGACUUUUAAAUCCAGGAUUUUUUGAUCUUGAAAGAAUGUUUGCAAUAUUAUCAGUGAUUUAUAGAAAUACAGCUCCAUCAUUAAAUCAACAUACUGAAAUCAAUCUAGCUAAUGAUGUGGCUCAAAUUGAAGAAAAGAAAGAUACAGAAAGAGCUAAAUUUACUUUAAGUAGAAAUACUGAUUUAUACAGUCAAGUCGCUACCUUAUUUUCCUUAGGUUUAAUCAGUAAAUCGGCCGCAUCUGAUAUUUUAGGAGCUAGAGUGAGAUGGAAAUGUAAUAUUAAUUGGCUUACAGUUGAGACAUUAGCUAAGGAAGUUGAUUUCUCUAUAGUUGAUUACUUAGGAGAUGGUUUAUGAUGGGUGGUGUUUAGAAUUGUAAUUUUACUGUACUAU